UUUGGUGCCAACCUUGAUUCAUUUCUAAACAAGGCAUCAGAAUUGUUAUCUUACAUCUGGGAUCUUCGGGAGGACGCGUGAGGUACUUCCGUCCGUUAGCUUCACAGUAGCGGUGCUGCUGCUGGCCGCUGAUAAUCGAGUAGCAGAAACUCGUCCCGGAUGGUGGCCGACUGAUCCCGGCCAAAGCUCACCACCGGUACCGGCACCAUCGGCCCGGGCCACAAGACAGAAUGCGCCAGCGGCGUGUGGUGUGAAGCGUCGAAGAAGCAGGAGGUUUAAGACGAGUCGGGUUAUUGGUUUUAUUUAUUUAUUUUAUUAUUUUUUUUUAACGGCGACACCCCCGCCUCACCCCCCACCCCCCACCCCCGCUGUCCCUAAAAAAAUAAAAAAGGGGUCAUUAUGUUGCAAGUGUUAGCUUGUGGUGCCGUAGUUUUCCCCGGCUUGUUCUUCGCCUUCAGGAAGAUCCUGCCCCGAGUGUUCAAGCAUUGGAGUGAUGCCGAUGUGGUGCUCGUUAGCGAAAGAUUGGUGUCCUCCAUCCAUGCUGUCAUGGCAACCACAGCAGGAGUCGUCGUGGUGUCAUCGUGCAGGGGCAACGUCAUCGAUGACAGGCACUGGCUGGCCACCCACUUUGUCAUCUGGUACGGCGUGCCCUACAUGACGUACGACCUCCUGGCCAUGUACCUCAGCCACUACCACCGCUUCCGCGUCAACGGUCAUGAGGAGUACAAGCACCAUUCCUUCGGGACGGUGCGCUCCUUUGUCCGGCGGGAGUUCCUGCUGGUGUUGCAUCACAUCGCGCUGCUCACCGUCCUGCUGCCCGUCACGCUGUUCUUCCGGAAGGACCAAGGCGAUUUCUUCAUCGGCUGCUUGUUUCUAACCGAGCUCAGCACGCCCUUCGUCUCCCUGGGGAAGAUACUCAUUCAGCUGGGCCUCCAGGAAGGUUGGCUGCACAAGUACAAUGGCGGCAUGGUGCUGCUCACCUUCUUCGCAUGCCGCAUCGCCCUCUUCCCCUACAUGUACUGGGUUUACGGCCGCCACUACAGCAUCCCACUCUACGCAGUGCCCUUCAACCUGUCGCUCGCCGCCAACCUGGGCAACUCGUGCAUCCUGGCGCCGCAGGUCUACUGGUUCGUCCUGCUGUGCCGAAAGGGCUACCGCCUGUACCAGCGCAGUCGGCGGCCACCCUCGCCGCCGGUUAAGGACCAGUGAUUUAUGGUCACUGUAGUCACACACUAACAUAACUACUGUACUUCUCAUAUUCCACCACCCACCAUUGUACUGUAGUCAAGGAGGACUGCCGGCGUCUCCCCGCCCCCCCCCCCCCUGCACAAUUUCACCCUUCCAGUUUGGAAUCUGCUAACAGCGGACCUCACCUAAGAAACAACUACUGAUGUUUGGUGUUUCGAGCCCGGUCUGGCUGUGGAUCUCACUGACCGUUCACACCACCGAAAAGGAGGUCGAGCAAAUGCGUGAAGGACACAUUCGUUCUCCAUUUGGUGUGAAGGUCCAAUAGGGUGCGAGCGAGCGGCCGCUACGGCAGGUAUUUAUUUGGGUUGUUUUGUUUUUAAGAGUGGCGGCUCUUUCUCUUCUCCCCGCCCACUCACUUUAUCAAUACGUGUAUCAGUCGUUUGUUCCAUUUUCAAUUGGCUAUCCCAAAAUGAAAAAGUAACUUAAUUAUUAUUAUUUUUUUUAUUUUAAUCAAACAUAAAAAAGAGACUUUUCAUGAUUCAACUGUGGGCUUGGGUCAAAAAUACAAAUUUAAAUAACAUACCACAGGACUGAGUUUGAGUUUAAUAUUUUAGUGGUCGUGUUUAGGUGACCCAGAAUUUUGGUAACAAGCAUUAGAAUAGAAUAGAAUAGAAAGCCUUUACAGUCAAGCCGAAAAUAGAAUCGAAAGCCUUGAAUGUCUAGCCAAGAAUAGAAUCGCAAGCCUUUAUAGUCAUUGUACAGUUUGGUUCAAAUACCACAAAAUUAGGGUGCAGCUCCAAGUUUGUUAUUCAAGAAUAAAACAUAGAAUAGAAAAUAAAUGAUAUACUAUGAAAGAAAAACUUAAAAAGACUAAGUUAUGCAGUCCAAGUGGCAGUAAGACAUGCAUGUUGUAUGUACAGUAGCAGCGGAGUCAAGAAUGUUUUAAAGGUACAAAAAAAAAAAAAUGGUAAAGCUACAUCAGAAGUCUCUGAUUUUGAAUGUUGUCUGUCUCUAGUUGCCCUGUGAUUGACUGAUGACCAAUCCAGGGUGUAGUCUUCCUUUUACAAGAAGUCAGCCAGUGGGAUAGGCUCCAGCUCGCUGCGAUCCUGAACAGGAUACGCGCUAUAGAAAAGCAAUGGAUGGAAGAAGCUGCAUUAGCUUGUUAGCCGGCACAAUCAGUCAACCAAGACAUAUACACGCAGUUUGUGUGUUAUUACACAAAGGUUAAAAGAAGAAUUGAAUGGAAAUAUUGCUGUUGAUUUCCAUUUUGGUCCUCGAAACAAUGCAUAAUUGUCCAUGUUAAUAUACUGCUGGUGGACUGUGUUCCGGACUGAUUGUGGUGGCUAACAAGUUAACUAACGCAAGCUAACGUAUCCAAUACUUAUUACUGUCAAACUCAAUCCUGGGGCCAUGAUUAUUAUUAUAUUUGUGAUCUGAGCCUUAAAUUAAAGGAUGAAAAAUCCAUCAUUUUUCAGAUUUAUUUAUUAUUUUUUUUAAUUGACCAACUGUAAAUGGAAAAGACAAAUGAUACACAGAUUUUAAUCGCACAGAAGAGAGGUUCUCUGAAUAGUGAUAGGUAGGCAGUAUUAACUGGAGACGAUGUAGCACGACCAUCUGUACCGUAUUAGCUCUGUAUGCUAAGUGCUUCUGGCGUCCAUAGAUUGUACAUGAAGGGUAGUUUAACGCGAAUAAUCCACUGGAAAAGUGUGUGUGUGUGUGUGUAUGUAUGUAUAUAUGUAUGUGUAUAUGUAUAUAUAUAUAUGUGUAUAUAUAUGUAUGUGUAUAUGUAUAUAUAUAUAUGUGUAUAUAUAUGUAUGUGUAUAUAUAUAUAUAUAUAUAUAUAUAUGAAGUUUUCACUCUGCGGUAUGUCGGUGCCUCAGAGAUGAGCAAUAAGAUGAGCUAGGAUUAGCUGGUUAGCGUUAGCUGCCACCGAGGCUUCGAGGGCUUUAUACACAUUCAGGUUUUUAGAGAUUUACAUCAUCACAAAUAUAUCUUAACCUUUAAACUACUUGACACAAGAGGAAUCUAUUAUUCUCUUAAUCAAUAGCCCCUUUUACGCUGCCUAUAAAAGUCGGCAUUUUCCCAUCCCCCAUGUCGCUCUUCUCGAAUUAGGGGCGGAUGAAGUCGGCUCGGCAGUAUUUCACCUUUGAGGAACCAUCAGCGUUAAAACAGAGCAACAUGCCGCUCGCUGGGUUCUGAGUAAGAGGCACAUUUUGUAAUGGCUCUGAUGCGGGAUAUCCGCGUAAAAGAGGCUAGUAGCUCCUGCUAACCAUAUCAGUGUGGAAUCCAAUUAUUAUUUUCAGAAGAAUGCUGCACUGUUUGUUACACUUCCGAGACGCUUGGGUUCUAUCAUACACUGUAAAGCUUUAUAGACAACGAACUGUCUCAGAAUGCAUUCACACGCUUUGUAUUUCACCUUUUCCCCCCCAGAAAACUAGAAUCUAUGCAAAAAGACGCCCGCGCUAUAUGUUUACAAAGCUGAUGUCGAGUUAAAUUGAUUUAAGUCUUGCCCAGUUUGGAAUAAUUUAGCUAUUUAUUUUUCAAUGUAAUUCCGCUCCUCUUAUCACGUUGCGUUCCACGUGAAACAUUGAAAAUAACUCUCAUUAAUAAUUCUUUGCACGCUGGUGACAGAAUUGUGAAGAUGAUGGCCGUCAAGUAGCCCUAGCCUUACUAGCCGCAAUUUAGAUUUUGUUUUGGUUUUCAAUAUCCCUCAACAUUAUUUUGCUUUGUACUUUUUGUGAGUAUUUAUAGCAUGUGGAAAAACCUAGCAGUAGGUGUAGUCGGGCAUGAAGUGGUGCUAAUAUUCAAAUGUAGAUUAAGUUGCAAAAGUACCCCACCCCCCACCCCCCCGUUGUUCAAAAUGGCAUACUGCAGUUUUAAGGUUUUUUUUGGUUUUUUUUGGUUUGUUUUUUUAAACUCAUCCGGUUCUUCAUUUUUACACAUCCGGUUCUUUGUUUGGAUUAGCAGUGCUAGGUGCGUAUUACAUGUGGAGGCUAUGCACAUUUUUAAUACUGACUGUAGUUCCGGUCUCUUGUUUUCAUCACUUUAUAUUAAAUACAGAAUCACAUUUUACAGUUAAUUCACAAACGAACAGAUUAAACAAAUAAAAACGUGACACUUGAGAGCAAAAAAUAUGUACUUUAUUUGUACCCUGCAUUGUACAGCCAGCCUUUUGUCAAGCUAAUCCGAAAGGCCCUCAGCCGUUUAUUUAUCCAACAUAAUACAUGUUCAUGGAUAUUUGUAUGAAUUAUUUUAAUCACCGACUUUAAAUCACAAAUUUUAAUUGUGACAGUUUACGAACUGUAUUGUUUCAUUUCGAUCGUCUUAAUUUGAUCCUAUUUGCUCAGGGUUUGAUGAAGAUAACUUAAUUAGGAAGUUAAUGGUGUAUAUCAUGGCACUGUGAUGACCACGCAGAUUAUAAACUAUCAUCACACUUCCUAAUAUGUUAUUAUUCUAAUAUCUUUUUACUGGUUGGCAAACCAAAGACUGUAGGGCACUUUAGUUCAUCAUAGCAGCGUCAGUAAUGUGAAGAACAUUGUCAUAUUUAUGACAACUGAAGUUUUUUGUCUUAAUAUAUCAGUAAACAUUCUCUUAAAACGUCUGCUACCCACACAUAAAUACAUUAUUCUUUCCAAAUUUAGGUGCUUUUUCUGGAUCCUUCCAUAAACACAUUGCAUAGCUUUUAUUUAUGUCAAAAUGAACAGGAAAAACAAUGUUACAGGCUUUGGGGCAGCUACUCGGAACACUACAGUGUGGGAUGGCGAUGCUAGGUGUUAGCAUUAGCAUGUAGUAAAAAUGAAUGAUUAUACCGGCGGUAAAGGUGGCUCGCGGGCUAACUCUCGAUUAAUCUUCAGUCGUGAUAAGCUAACUUAAAUAAGAUGAUGCUAGGAAAGCUAAGUAGGGGCCUUUGCUGCAUUUUGUCAACUAAUUUUAACAUCCUGAUUAAUUAUCAAGCGCUUCAUUUUCGCAAUCAUCGCCUCAUUGCAAGUUCUUACGUCUUAGUCUCCUCCGCGCUAAAAUGUUAGCAUUGCUGCCCACCUGAGUCAGCGUUUAUUUCGGUAGCAGCGCUAAUGUAAAUGGUGGUUUGUGUUCUUAUUGUGAUUUUCUUCGUUAUGUGCAAGGGUAAAAUGGCAACUGCGACUGUAUGCAAGUAACAAUUGUUGAGCACUUUGUUGUUUUAGCAAGGACCAGAUACCUAUAUGGAGAUGUUGCUACAUGCUAACGCUCAAAACGUACAGGAGCGAGGGCUUGGUUGUUGCGGCUCUGUAGCCGAAGAACUUACUACUUUUAUGAAACAGUUUUCUUUAAUUGUUUUGUUUUGAAGCUUAUUCACCAACCAGGGUGUAUAGUCUGUUCAAAGUAAUAAUUAUUCAAAGCGCAUUUUAUUGAAAUUGAACUCCCAAAUCUGAGGGGGGAAUAAAAUCAUUUACAUUCAUUUUAACAAAGCAGCGACAUUAGUUUUGUUUUCUUCUUCUUCUGUUAUGAUGCGAAUGCAGAGCUAUUCUGAUAAAACAAUGAAUAAAUAACAAUUCCACAACUAUUUGAGCUGUGAUGUGACGCUGGGUGGAUUUUAAUCCAUGGACAGCGAACCAAAUUUGGUUCCCGGUGCCUUGUGAAAAAAGGAAUUAAGUCGGCAGGUUGUGGCUCUGUUUAUUUUGCAUUACCACCAAAUCAUGGAUUAUACAUGAAGUUGGCAAUCGUUUUGAAAACAUAUUUUUAAAAUAAAUGUAAUUCAUUUUUAAUUUUUGUUGCUUUACAGUUACCACUCGCAUCAAUACAACUGAUCAUGGUUAAUUUAUUUACGUUUAAGUUCAAUUUUAGGAUUUAUGGCCUUUUGAUGCAUCUAGUGUUUAUUUUAAUUAAUUGAAAUGAUAUAUACUGAAUAGAUCAGUGGUCUUACAUUUGUUUGCUGUGCUCCUGUUGUUUGUUUUGACUAUUUGUAGCUUUCUGAGAUUUAACAUUUGUUUUCCGGACACUCUGGGUCUGUGAACGCACCACCGGCACAACCUUUUAACACUUUCUCCCAACCCUCGCUAUAUUUUUAAUAGCGUUCUAAUAUUUUCUUUCAUUUUCAUGGGUAAAUAGCAGACUUUGAUGGCUUGGACCUUGUUUUGUAGCUUGAUAUUUUGGGUGGCUGGAUUAUUUUAUGAAAAAAAAUAUGAAGAAAAAAAACUGAUGUGAGAACAUUUCAACUUGGGAACCCGUUUAAAAAUAAAAUCAAUAAACUUGAUAUUCUUUUCAA